AUGUCUCUCGGCCCCGACACGGCGUCCUACGCCGCACACCCCCUCCCCCGUCCCUCCCCUCCCCCUCCUGCCGUCGCCAGCAUCCCAGCACCGUCGAGAGCGACAAACGCGCCGCUCGCCACUGGACCUGCCAUGACCAACUCUGCCAGCGACGUGCCGCCACCGCCCUGGACUGAACCGCCACCAAAGUCGAUGGCACCCGUCCAACCAUGGUCCAACUCUACACACGACCGCAACUCUCCCUACUCGACAAACGCUGUGUCACCCGCUCCCACGCACGAGGAAGCUGCCAGGCCCUCUGCCAGCGGCGUGCACGGCGCUUCACCACAGGUUCCCCCCGGUGACGACGCGCACACUGCCGCCAACACCCACACUCCGCACGCCCACUUGGCCUUGGAUGACCCCAUGGAUGCCUCCUCAGCGUCCACCCCCGUCGAGCCUCCCUCCCACGGUCCCAGCGUCAUCCUUCGCAUCCCCGCAACCGCUAUGCCCAACGGUCGCGAGCGCACCGACUCGCCCGCCACGGGUGCCGUGGGCAAACGCAAGCGCCGCUCAGAACCCCCACCUCCCCCCAUCAGUCGCCCUCGCCGCGGACGUGCAUCCUCUCCCGGUACGGGCACCGGUGCAGCCGGUACCCCUGUCACUGCGACGGCGACUGCCAACGGCACGCCUGCCCGUGGUACGCCCCGUGGUACUCCGCGCGGCACGCCCGGGCGUGGAAGCACGUCGCGCGACGGAUCGAGCGCGCCGAGCUCGCGCGCUACGCCGGCAGGCGAUGCGCCGCCCCGUGGCGAUGCGUUGAGUAUCUUUGGCGCGCCGACGUCCAACGAUGUGGCCGCCGAGGUGCAGUCGAUUGUGGGAUCGUCGGGACGUGCCGUCCGUGAGCGCGAGGUUCGUGAAGCUCGUGAGGCCCGCGAGGCCCGCGAGGAAGCCAACAAGACUGCUCGCCCCACCCGUGGUGGCGAGACACACGUUCGCUCUGGUGUCUCUGCCAGCGGCCGUGGUCGGCGAGUGGGCGGCUCGGCCCGUGUCAACGCCGCGGGAACCAGCAACGGUGCAACCCGCAAGAUCAAGGGCAAGGGCAAGGCCGAUGCCGACUUUGUCAACCAGGAUUUCUGCUCCGUAUGCCGUGGUAUCGGUCGCUUCCUGUGCUGUGAUGGCUGCCCCCGCUCGUUCCACUUCAUGUGUCUCGACCCGCCUCUCCGCAUCGACGAGUUGCCUGCCCAGGAGACUUGGUUCUGUAACAAGUGCAAGGCCGACCGUGGCAAGCACGACCGUGAGAGCGGCCGCGGCACCGUCGACUCGCCUGCUCGCGCAAAGGAGGGGCCGAUCAAGACCGUGUUCCGCACCAUGUGCCACAAGCUUGACAACGACAACCCUACCCAGUUCCGUCUCCCGCAGGAGAUUCGCCAGUUCUUUGUCGGCGUGGCUACUGGCGCACGCGGCGAGUACGUGGAUGCCGAGGGAACCCGCACCAAGUAUGACCGCAAGGGCUUUGCUGAGGAGCGCGACCCCGUGCGACUGCGUGACCCCAAGACGGGUCCCGUUGCAUGCUACAAGUGCGGCGGAAGCUCGAUCCCCAUGCGUUCGCUGGCCAGUGACCCCGAGGCAUCUUGGCGCCCCAUCGUCUCGUGCGACUAUUGCAACCUCCACUGGCACCUUGACUGUCUCUCGCCGCCUCUGGCGUCCAUGCCCACCUCGAUGCGCAAGUGGAUGUGCCCCAACCACUCGGACCAGGUCAUGCCCGCUCGUCGCACGGUCCGCUCGGGGCUCGAGACGGUCGAUGUCGGCGCUAUCGGCAAGCACAACAACGGCAACGUUGUCGUCGUUGCCGACGAGGAGCCUCGCGCGGCUAUCCCUCACGAGGACAUGGUCAUCAACAACCGCCGCUACCGCGUCCCCGAGAAGAUUAUCCAGCUCGACUUUUGGAACAAGAUUCGCGCGGGUGCCGUGGCCCCGGCCAAGAUUGACAAGCGUGCUCGCGUUGCGCAGGAGGCUCUCAAGCACGCCACGCGCGCCGACCUCGACGCUGCCAACCUCAUUCUCAGCUUUAUGCACUCUGGCCUGCAGCCCGAGGAGGAGGACGAGGUCGUGGAGGAGGAAGCCGCGCUCAAGGACGAGGACGUCGUCAUGGCCGAGCCCGCAAAGCCCACGCCUGCCGCGCCCCGCGCCACGUCGGUGCCCGUCGCUCGCCCCGCCGCCAACGGCCGCAAGUCGCGUACGUCCACGCCCAGCGCCGCUCCGAACAGCGAUGGGCCCCCAAGGCGGAUCACCCUGCGUUUGCCCCAGCAAAAGUAG